AUGCCCACGAUCCAACUGGGCGUCUAUCUGACCAGCGGGCAAGAGACUUACAGGGCAGUGGGAUGGGCACUCGAGGCUGGCUAUCGAGGCAUCGACUCUGCACAAAUGUACCGCAAUGAAAAGCAAGCUGGUCGAGCCAUUCUUGAUUUUUUGGCCAGCGAGGCCAACGUAGACGGCCUCCGCCGAGAGGACAUCCACUUCACCUCCAAGCUUGCGUCCAACUCGGCCUACGAUACAGCUCGCAAGGCCAUCAGCCGGUCGGUCAAGGAGUGCGGAUUGGGCUAUAUUGACUUGUUCCUUCUGCAUUCGCCGUACGGUGGCAAGACGGCGCGACUCGAGAGCUGGAGGGCAGUCGAGGACGCAAUCAAGGACGGCGAGGUCAAGAUUGGCGGAGUGAGUAACUACGGGGUCAAACAUCUGCAAGAGCUGCUUGCCUCUAAUCCAAACAUUCCGCCCGCAGUCAACCAAGUGGAGGUGCAUCCCUUCAACACCAGGACGGACAUCACUUCGUUUUGCCAGGAGCACGGCAUCGUGGUGGAGGCGUACGCGCCCUUGGUGAGGGCUCUCCGGAUGAAGCACCCGACGAUUGUCCAACUCUCGAACAAAUACAAGUGCACGCCCGCCCAGCUGCUGGUCCGGUGGAGCCUGCAGCAUGGUUAUGUACCGCUCCCGAAGAGCUCGAAGAAGGAGAGGAUCGUGGAGAAUGCGGAUAUCAGCGGGUUUGCGAUUGCGGACGAGGACAUGCAGAGAAUGGAUGGGUUGGACGAGUAUCUGGUCACAGAUUGGGAUCCUACAGACUGCCCGUAA